UAUGCUAUGGCAUGUAUGUUGAGGAUGUGUAGUAAUUGGAAGGAAGGGGUUAGUGGAGCGAGAGAGGAGGUUCGUGCCGAGCACCAACAACACAUGUGUAAUGAAAUGCAUCGACCGAUCAGAUCGGAUUCGGACCAAGACCACGACGACUCAUCAGCUACACUCCUCCUCCUUUCCCCUCUUCUUCUUCUUUUUCUUUUCGGUAGAAGAAAAAGAAGAGAGGUCGUCACCCAUGGCGCUGCCACCCACAUAAGGCAGUGAGGCAGGGAGGGAGGGAGGGACCCAUGGGCUUGGACCGCCGCCUCCUCCUUGCCGCCGCCGCCUCCGCUGCAGGCUACGGCCUUUACCGCCUCUACCUCCACCAACGCAGCCGCGUCGUCGCGGUCCUCUCCCUUGCCGACGCCGUCUCCCUCGUCGCCUCCGACCUCGCCGAUUUCCUCCGCUCCGAUUCCGACCACCUGCCCCGCAGCCUGCUCCAGCUCUCCAAGCUCGCCGCCUCCCAACCCAUCUCCUCCGCCGCAUCCUCCCUCUCCGAAUCCCUCGCCUCCGGUCUCCUCCGCGCCCUCUCCCAAUCCCAAUCCCAAUCCCACUCCCACUCCCACUCCCAAUCGCAGACCGAUCGGAUCUUGGACCGCCUCCUCUCCCCCGCCGGCACUGGCUUCGCCUCCGCCCUCGUCGCCACCUUCGCCAGGAACGUCGUCCUCUCCUACCACACCACCCACCGCGCCCGUGCCCAUGACCACCCGGACUGGCUCUGCAGCGACAGGGGCAAGGACGCCGCGGCGGACCUCGUCCGGGUCUUCGUCAGCACGGCCGUCGCGGCCUACCUCGACCGGACCGCCACCGUGCGCGGCAAAUCCGAGCAGACGGUGGACCCCAAGCUCAAGGACCUGGUGGUGUCCGCCUGCAAUGGCGCCGUGGAGACGUUCGUCAGGACAAGGCGGCAGGCUUCAGCUCCUCCUAAUAGUAAUAGGUGUAGGUGCAGCGGCGAUGGCGUGAUGGAGACUCUUGCCGUGCCGAGCAAUCGGCGGUUUGUGCUGGAUGUGACCGGCAGAGUGACGGCGGAGACAGUCCGGUCGUUCCUGGAGUUCCUGUCCGAUGGGGCGAGGAAGGGCAUCGCCACCGCCCGCAGCGACAUGGGUGCCAAGUCCAUGGCCAUCUUCACCAUAUGCCUCGCUCUCUGCAUGCACAUUUCCGUCGGAACAAGGUUCCUCCUUUUGCCGGCCUAGCCUCUAAUAUUAGAGACUCACACUCACCCCUUUCUCCCCAUCUUUCUUAUGGAUACUUACUAUGGAGUAGGUAUUUAGAUUGCCAAUUGAUCCUACCUACAAAAUCUUUGGCUGCCUCAUUGUCAUCUUACCCUGUCUUUGUGGGUGUUGCUGACAACCAAGUUUCCCCUAAACAACUUGUUAUACUACUUGUUUCUGGCUCCAUUGUUUGAUAGGAUGUUAAAUCCGACUGGCCAAAUUGGCAGUUUUAGCAUUCGGUUUGAUCCGGAUAGUGUUGUUGUUUUAUGCUUGCUAGUUUUACUGUAAAGUGGCCUAGUUUUUGUCAAUAGCUUAGGGAGGUGUUUAGAUGGGGCUAAACAUUUUAGUCCCAUGUCACAUCGGAUGUUUGAGCAUUAAUUAGAUUAAACAUAGCCAAUAAAAAAACUAAUUUUAUAAAUGAGAGCUAAUC